AUGGUGCAGAAGUCGCGCAACGGUGGCGUGUACCCCGGCACUAGCGGGGAGAAGAAGCUCAAGGUGGGCUUCGUGGGGCUGGACCCCGGCGCGCCAGACUCCACUCGCGACGGCGCGUUGCUCAUCGCGGGCUCCGAGGCCCCCAAGCGAGGCAGCGUUUUGAGCAAGCCGCGCGCGGGCGGCGCGGGAGCGGGGAAGCCCCCGAAGCGCAACGCCUUCUACCGCAAGCUGCAGAAUUUCCUCUACAACGUGCUGGAGCGGCCCCGCGGCUGGGCGUUCAUUUACCACGCCUACGUGUUUCUCUUGGUCUUCUCCUGCCUUGUGCUUUCCGUAUUUUCCACCAUCAAGGAGUACGAGAAGAGCUCGGAGGGGGCCCUCUACAUCUUGGAAAUCGUGACCAUCGUGGUGUUUGGCGUUGAGUACUUUGUGAGGAUCUGGGCUGCAGGCUGCUGCUGCCGGUAUCGAGGCUGGAGGGGCAGGCUCAAGUUUGCCAGGAAGCCGUUCUGUGUGAUUGACAUCAUGGUGCUGAUUGCCUCCAUUGCUGUGCUGGCUGCUGGAUCCCAGGGAAAUGUCUUUGCCACAUCUGCACUUCGGAGCCUGCGGUUCCUGCAAAUCCUACGGAUGAUCCGUAUGGACCGGAGGGGCGGCACCUGGAAGCUCCUGGGAUCGGUGGUGUAUGCUCACAGCAAGGAGCUGGUGACUGCCUGGUACAUCGGCUUCCUCUGCCUCAUCCUGGCCUCAUUUCUGGUGUACUUGGCAGAGAAGGGUGAGAAUGACCACUUUGACACCUAUGCAGAUGCACUCUGGUGGGGCCUGAUCACCCUGACAACCAUUGGCUACGGGGACAAGUACCCUCAGACCUGGAAUGGGAGACUGUUGGCAGCGACGUUUACCCUCAUUGGUGUCUCGUUCUUCGCUCUUCCUGCAGGCAUUUUGGGAUCUGGCUUUGCUCUGAAAGUCCAAGAGCAGCAUCGGCAAAAGCACUUUGAGAAGCGGCGGAACCCUGCGGCAGGUCUGAUCCAGUCUGCUUGGAGAUUCUAUGCUACUAACCUCUCACGCACCGACCUGCACUCCACGUGGCAGUACUACGAGCGCACAGUCACUGUCCCCAUGUACAGCUCACAAACUCAAACCUAUGGGGCUUCCAGACUCAUCCCGCCUCUGAACCAGCUGGAGCUGCUAAGGAACCUCAAGAGCAAAUCUGGACUCACUUUCAGGAAGGAGCCACAACCAGAGCCAUCACCAAGUCAGAAGGUCAGUUUGAAAGAUCGUGUCUUCUCCAGCCCCCGAGGCGUGGCUGCCAAGGGGAAGGGGUCUCCCCAGGCCCAGACGGUCCGGCGGUCCCCCAGUGCUGAUCAGAGUCUCGACGACAGCCCAAGCAAGGUGCCCAAGAGCUGGAGCUUUGGUGAUCGCAGCCGUGCACGCCAGGCUUUCCGAAUCAAGGGUGCUGCAUCCCGGCAGAACUCAGAAGAAGCAAGCCUCCCUGGGGAGGACAUCGUGGAGGACAACAAGAGCUGUAACUGCGAGUUUGUGACUGAAGAUCUCACCCCUGGCCUCAAAGUCAGCAUCAGAGCUGUGUGUGUUAUGCGGUUCUUGGUGUCUAAGCGAAAAUUCAAAGAGAGUCUGCGCCCGUACGACGUGAUGGAUGUCAUUGAACAGUACUCAGCCGGACACCUGGACAUGUUGUCCCGCAUCAAGAGCCUGCAGUCCAGGAUAGAUAUGAUUGUGGGCCCCCCACCCCCUUCAACUCCCCGGCACAAGAAGUACCCUACCAAAGGACCCACGGCCCCUUCGAGAGAGUCACCCCAGUACUCACCUAGAGUGGACCAGAUUGUGGGGCGGGGCCCAACAAUAACGGACAAGGACCGCACCAAAGGCCCAGCAGAGACGGAGCUGCCGGAAGACCCCAGCAUGAUGGGACGGCUUGGGAAGGUGGAGAAACAGGUCUUGUCCAUGGAAAAGAAGCUAGACUUCCUGGUGAGCAUCUACACGCAGCGAAUGGGCAUCCCACCAGCAGAGACAGAGGCCUAUUUUGGGGCCAAGGAGCCUGAGCCGGCACCACCCUACCACAGCCCAGAGGACAGCCGUGAGCAUGCAGACAAGCAUGGCUGUAUCAUUAAGAUCGUCCGCUCCACCAGCUCUACAGGCCAGAGGAACUACGCUGCACCCCCAGCCAUGCCCCCUGCCCAGUGUCCUCCAUCCACCUCAUGGCAGCAGAGCCACCAGCGCCAUGGCACCUCCCCUGUAGGAGACCAUGGCUCACUGGUACGCAUCCCACCACCCCCCGCACAUGAGCGGUCGCUGUCUGCCUACGGUGGGGGCAACCGGGCCAGUACCGAGUUCCUGAGGCUGGAAGGCGCCCCAGCCUGCAGGCCCCCUGAGGGUGCCCUGCGGGAUAGCGACACAUCCAUCUCCAUCCCAUCUGUGGACCACGAGGAGCUGGAGCGCUCUUUCAGUGGCUUCAGUAUCUCCCAGUCCAAGGAGAACCUGGACGCCCUCGGCAGCUGUUAUGCAGCUGUGGCGCCAUGUGCCAAGGUCAGGCCCUACAUCGCAGAGGGGGAGUCUGACACAGACUCAGACCUCUGCACACCAUGUGGGCCUCCCCCACGCUCUGCCACUGGUGAGGGCCCCUUUGGAGAUGUGGGUUGGGCAGGGCCCAGGAAGUGAGACUGGGCUGGGCUGCUGGGCCCCAGGCCACACCCACUCUGGUUCCUGGUUUGGAGCUGGAGUUCCAGGGCCUUUCCUAAAGUGACAGAAUGACACAGAGUAGUGUGGGUUGUGAGGAUGCUCAUGGGAUCUAGCUCUCAGGGUUCAUGUGGAGUGGAGGUGAGGCAGGGCUCCUUGGCAUACGUGGUAACAUUUUAUAGAAGUUCUUUUCCAACCAGGAGAGAGAGGCUGAGGCUGGGCCCUGGAGGCCCUGGGAGCUACCUAUGGCAGCAAAGCUAGCCCUGCCCAGUCUUCUUGGAGGACAGAUAUUGCCCUGUGAGUGAGGAGCAGCCGAGUGAUGGUGGUGCCUGUGAGUGGGGGUGUGGCUAGGAUCAAGUACAUGGGAGGUAGUGGUGAAGCAGGCCUGUCUACUGCUGAUGGCCAGUCCUGAAGCCCAGGUGUCUCCUAGCUUAGGCUGGAAACUCAGGAGGUAUAGUAGGUUGCUGGAUAUGGCCCACUCUCACACCUGACUGCUUAUCCCUCAGUUCCUGACUGCCCCAGUAACGCACUACCAGGCCCACUGUUUGUGUGUGGCUGGGAAAUGCCUCUUAUCCCUGGACACCUAGCUAGAGAGCUGCCGGCCAGCAUCUUCCUCCCUCUUCCAGGUUCUGUGGACCCUUCCAUGGGAGCCACCCUUAGAUCAGGACCCUUUUCCUGGAGUUGAGGAAGGGGUGAGUCCUUAGGGACCAACCUGGAGCUUAGAACUGACCCUUGGAUGCCCCCACUCCUGGCUUCCACCUCUUAGGGGAGGACCCAGCUCACAGCCUUUUCCUGAAAGGGAUUCUUUGGGAGGUUCUGGCUGCCUCAUCCCUGGCACUGUAGCCCAGGAGGUCUGGGUUGAGACCUCAUGGCCUCACCUUUUCUUGGUGUGGUGCUGGUCUCCAGGCUGUGGCCAGUACUUCAAGAGAACCACCUGGUAAACAGACCAGCACUGUCCUUAGCCAGGGCACCAGCUUGCUUGCUGCCCACUUGGCUCUACAGAUCCAGGCAGGGCUGAAUGACAUGACAUUGUCAAACUGCCAGCUCUUUCUACAGGAGAUCAUGGCCUCUGCACCUGGUCAAGGAUCCUUCCCAUGGAAGCUGGCCGUCCACAGUCAUUCAUCCACUAUAGGUUCCUUGGCUGUGGCCUCUGAGUGUUUGGGGAAUUGGGAACACCUUGUCCUCUACUCCGGUUAUCAGGACUCUGUCCAUCUUGUGAGUGGGCAUCUUGGACCAUAUGGCAGCCAGCUUUAGAGGGAGACAAGGUGGAGUCCUCAGCUGUGGUCCUGCAACAUCUGGCCCAGAGGUGUCUGGCAUUGAAUGAUAGCAUUUUGGGGUGGGGGCCCCAGUCUCUCUGAGGCAACAGUUUUCCUGGUCACUGAGGGCAAGUAGAGCUUGAGCCUGGGCAGAGCUCUACCUACUUCUCCCACCCUUAAAAAAAAUGUUUUCU